AGAACUGUGACUGCACUUUAAAAAGAGUGGGAGAGAAUCGACCCUGUGGCUUCCACAUAUUCAAGGGAUCGGUCAUGGCUGCAGAAGCAAAGCAGACUUGUUACGAGGGCAGUGCGGUGCAAAGCUUCAAGUUCUACCUGGAACAGUCUGGAGAACAUGAGGCCAUUGUGCGGGGCAUCCACAGCCUCCUGCCAGCAGAGUUUAAAAGAAUUGGAGAAGGUAGAAGUGGUCUUGAUGUUCUGGGCGUUGGAAGUGGUGGAGGGGAGGUGGACGUCCAGAUGCUCUCUCUGCUGCAGUCGACAUUCCCCGCUGUUCCCAUCACCGCUGACAUUGUGGAGGGCAGUGGCGAGCUCACAGAUAACUUUAAAGCUUUGGUAGCAAAGACCACCAACCUCCAGAAGGUCCCGUUUGCUUGGCACGUCAUGCACAGUGAGGACUAUGAGAAGCAAGUGAAAGCAAAGGGAAACAUGAAAAAGUUUGACUUCAUACACAUGAUCCAGAUGCUCUACUAUGUGAAUAACCUCGCUGACACUAUCAAGUUCUACCACAACCUUCUGAAAAACAACGGCACGCUCAUGAUCAUCAUUGAAACAGCCCACGCAGGCUGGGACACCCUGUGGAAGACGUACAAGAAGGAGCUCUGUGUGGACGCCAUCACAGAGUACCGCUCGUCAGCAGAGGUGAUCGCCUGUCUGAAGAGCCAGGGUCUGAAGUACGAGGAGCACAUCAUUCACAACACCUUCGACAUCACUGAGUGCUACGAUCCUAAUAGCACCACAGGAGCACGUAUGAUGAAUUACAUGACAGCCAAAGAAAACUUCCAUCAGUCCUUCUCCCAGGAGGUCAGAGCUGGAAUCUUAGACCUCCUCAAGAACAAGUGCAGCACGGUGAAAGACGGCCGGGUGUUGUUCAACAGCAACACCAGCUGCAUUCUGGUUCAUGCCUGAGUACGUCCUGUUCUCCAUUCAGUUAACUGUGACAUUCUCACUUCAAUCAACAAAAUGCAACACAUAUUUUGUGAUUACUAAAAAUAUCCUUAAAAGCUGUGUCUUGACUGAAUAAAAUAAAACAUUUUGAUACGUUAAGAA